ACUGGACACCAUACUAUGUUCAAAUGCGGAUGUGGAACACAUUUGUAACCAUUAGGUUUACGCUUGUAACAUGUACAGCCCUUUAUGGUACAGCCAAACACCAUAGCAUUUCGGUUUUUUUAACCCAAUUCUUACUGCUAAAUAAACCACUUGGUUUGAUAUUGGUGACUAGUAAGAAAGUAAGGUACGAGAGCGGAUGGUGGUGCAGCGACACAUUGUAUCCAAACAACAAAUCUAAUCUGUGAGCUCAAUGUCCUCGCCAACUACUGCUAGCUAGCUAGAUACUUGUAGAGAAAUAACCCAUGGCUAAAUAAGGAUUCUUUAGCUAGGUCACUUUAAUUACAUUAAUUCAAUUCUUGCUGUUAUCAUCUGUAGAAUGUCAGAUAUUGAAGACGAUUGGGAGGAAGAGGAGCAGUUGGUUGUGGUAGAGCUCUCUGGUAUUAUCAACUCAGAUUUCCUGACGAAGUGCCAAGGGGGAACUUGCAAGAUACUAGACAUUGAUAGCGAGCGGCCAAUUAUGCAAGUAGGACCAUAUGUUUUUGCAGGGGAAUAUGAAGAUUUCUUGGGGACCUGUGUACUGUUUCAGGAGGAAAACAUUACUAGACAGGACACAGACGCUGGCCCUCAGCUGAAGUACAAAUGCCACACCGGGAAAAAACUGAUGAUGCAACGUAUCUUCCUAUCUGAGAAGAAAGAGGGAGAAACCAGCUCGGAAAAACUUGACGAGCCACUACCAUGUGACGUAAAGAAUGCGGAGACCCCCUCUCACUCCGCCAAGGGUGCAGAGCAGACGGGUAAUGUGGAGGAAACGGGACAACAAACCACAGAAGAAGGAGAAAUGCAUCAGGAUUUAGGGAGUUGACCAAACAUUAGACACUGCUGAGAUCAGUCACUGACAGCCCUGUGACCUGGACGACGAGGAGCAUACAGAAGGAUUGGCAAGAGCCUGACAGACGACAUAUAGAAAACUGUCCUUGACUGAAUGGUCUAGGAAAGAGUGUUUAGUUUCUCUUGCCUGGUGCACCUAGUGACUUUGUUUUACAAACAAUGUCUCUGUGACAGCUGUUAGCCAGACAGUGCUCAUGACUGACAAGGUGUGUCAAUGUAGCUUCAUGUGGCUACCAAAAAUAUAUAUUUGUCUUGAUUGUGGAACAGGAAAUACAUGAAUAACUGAAGAUUUUUCCUUUCCAUUUUGAUGUUUAAACUGAUUGUGAUACACCACAGCUUGAACAUAUGUUUUAGGGAAUGCCUAAAGUAGUUGGUUAGUUUUGUGGUAUUGCCUUCAGCCCACACAGUAUAUGAUUACUGCAGAACAUUAGCAGUACCUUAAUAUUGUAUAUUGUAUUGAAACCAUUGAUGUUGAAAUAAAUACACCUGAACUUGU